UUGAAAGCCUGCACAAAUUUAUUUUGCUUGUGAUUUACGGGAAAACCUGAAAACAUUUUACCUGAAACUCAUUGUUCCGUGAAACUCUGGUACGCCUGCAAAAGAGUCUGCUCGAGACAGUUUUUAGGCAAGGAGAUUGGUCAAGGAAUUCCAUUCAAAUUGUUGUACGCACGAACAAAGAAAACCCGUUAAAUGUAAUGCCAAACAAUUUGGUCUUGCUCAUUAUGUUUCUCACAGUCGUGAAAUUUCCCUGAGAGGGUGUUCAAAUGAAAGCUUCAUGACAAUCCGUCAGGAAGCCUGAAGAAGCGUUAUUUACAACCCCCUUUAUUAUGAAGCUCCGUUGUUUGUGUGUGGUUGCCAUUACGCUUAUAGAAGACAUCACACCUUUAUUUCCAGGACGUUCCAACAACUUGGACUGACGCCAGCGACGUAGCGGAAUCGAAUACGUAUAAAUAGGACGUGAAAAUAUAGGGGUUUUUAGCAAAGAAUUCAGAAAAAAAUAGAAAGAUAAUCUAAAACAUUUCAAAAACAACGUAAGAGCGGGAGAAAUAAUUCUAACAAUCGUGAGUGGUUAACACUGUCAGAGUAGUCAUGUGACCUUGAGUUCCAACAGGUGUUUAAGUAACAGGUGGCCUUGUGAACAGGGAAUAUUGGGCGUUGUUUGUUUGAGGAGAAAUGAAUGAAGCCUCUUAAAUCCAAACUAAAACAACUAAUGUUUGUUUUCGUAUAUCUUCUUACUCCGUUACCGUUCUUGCGGAGUUUGUCGCAAAAGUUUUUCACUUCUCGACGGUUCAGUUAGGGUAGCCUAAUCUCUAAUUUCAACAGAAAAAUAAAAUCUAAGUUACUUCGCCAAUAGCUAGUCUGUUAUCAUGACAACAGCAUAUCGCGUUUAAUAUGAGGAAACGUUGUACUGUUUUAUUAACGGUCAUGCAAACAAAACCGAAUUGAUGCCUCGGAGGGUGUGGUUGUGAAAGAUUUCGCGUGAACAGCCAUUUAUGAGAUCACGGUUUCUCUGUUUCUGGCACCAACUGGGUGCGGCUUGGAUUGUUUAUUAUUUUCAUCCGUACUACCACAAACAAACCGCUUGAGUUUGUUUCAUAUUCAAUUAUUUUAUUUUCACUUGCACUAAGGAGUUAAGACAUACGACCGCGUCUCUCAACGCUCUUUGGAGAACGAUUUCGGUCGCGAUAAUUGAAAGUCAACUAAAUGGGCGUUUUGUAAAACUUUGCCAAGAAAGCCCUGAUUAAGGAGGUCGUUAACAGGCUCUUGCAUCAAAAUACUUGGAACGAUAUCAAGUCUGAAGAAUCACAGCUGGAAAUCAGGUUUUCUGCGAGUAUAGGCAUUUGCUUUUUCUCGGUGGUAUACGGCGUCCUCGGCCAGAUGGACAUUUAAUUGAACACUUGGUGAAUUCAGUUCCGCAUCUUCACAGAUCGAGCAAAGACGAAAUAAAUGCCUGGUUACGAAGUAAAAUUCACAGGGCCACUCGACAAAGCCUUCGAGUGUCCGAUUUGCCUCAUAGCUCUACGAGACCCGGUUCAGAUAACACCAUGUGGACAUCGCAUGUGCAGCACUUGCUUGCAGCCGAUUUUAAGAAACAAGAGGCCUCGUUGCCCACUGGAUAACCUCAACUUUGAUCCAGCGAAGGUUUUCUCAGAUAACGGCUGCCACAGGCAAAUUCUUAGCUUACAAGUGCUGUGUUCAAACCUUGAGAAGGGUUGCGAGUGGACUGGACCACUUAGCGAGAUAGAGCGACACCAAGAUAUCUGUAGUUACGUUGAGGUAUCAUGUCCGAAACGCUGCGGAGCAUCAUUAGAAAGGAGACGAGUAACAGAUCAUUCACUUGAAUGUGUCAACAGGCUGACACCCUGCACUCACUGCGGUCAUCAAGUUGUCUUCAAUCACAUGAGUUUACACCUUCAAACUUGUGCUUCGUUUCCAGUAUCCUGCCCUGCUAACUGCGGUGUAAUCAAUCUCACAAAGGAAAAGCUGGCUGUUCACAUCAACAUUGAGUGUCCCUUGCUUGAAGUUCCCUGCAAGUUUGUAGAAGCGGGGUGUGCGUAUAAGGCACCAAGGUAUAAAAUGAAAGAUCAUUUAUCUAAUAGCACGGAGUCCCAUCUUACGUCGCUAUGUGAAUUAGUGUACGCUCAAAAGAAGCAGCUUGAAAAUCAAAAGGAAAGGAUCCAGCUGCAAAAAGAACACAUUCAACUUCAAAAAGAAACGCUGCUUCUGCAAAAACAGGAGCUUAUAGACGUGCGAAGUCGAACAGCAAAUGGAGAGUUCAUCUGGAGAAUCCCAGAUUUUACCCGGAAGUUAAUGGAUGCUAAAUCUGGGCGCGCACCGGAACCGAUGAUCAGCGAACCUUUCUACACCCACCCUCACGGGUAUAAAAUGUGUGCGGGGCUGUGGCUUAAUGGCGUGGGUACAGGGAGGGGCAGAUACAUAUCUGUUGGACUUCAGGUUCAAGUUGGUGAAUACGACUCCAUUCACAAAUGGCCAAUAUAUCCGAGAUACACAUUCACUCUGCUAGAUCAACGAGACGAACACAAGGACAGAAAAGACAUCUCGGCACACUUCGAGCCUCAGAGUAUUUCACGACCAUGUGCCGACAGACAGCUCGGUAAAGGAGCACGAAGAUUCGUUCUCCAAGAGGACAUAUGUGCCAGUGCCUACUGCAAGGAUAACACAGUUUUUCUGAAGUUCAACGUGACUCUAAAACAGCCCCCUUCUAGCUUCUUCAGAGUGUGAGAAUUGUCGGUCGGAAUCAAUCUCUAUUGCAAGACCAAGGGUGCGUUCAGGCUUUGGGGUGAUCUGGAUCAGGAUCAGCGAUUUAAGAUCUGUCUGGAUCAUGGUGCAUCAAGGGAACCGAU